CCGGGCGGGCGAGGCGGCGGGCGGCGGCGGCGGGCGGCGGCGCCAUGGAGCCGGCGGAGGUGAAGGAUCGCAUCCUGGAGAACAUCUCCCUCUCCGUCAAGAAGCUGCAGAGCUACUUUGCUGCCUGUGAAGAUGAGACCCCAGCCAUCAGGAACCACGACAAGGUCCUGCAGCGCCUCUGUGAGCAUCUGGACCAUGCUCUGCUCUAUGGCCUUCAGGACCUCUCCUCAGGCUACUGGGUGCUGGUGGUUCACUUCACACGCCGCGAAGCCGUCAGGCAGCUGGAGGUGCUGCAGCAUGUGGCCACCAACCUGGGCCGCAGCCGGGCGUGGCUGUACCUGGCCCUCAAUGAAAACUCCUUGGAGAGCUACUUGAGGCUGUUCCAGGAGAACCUGAGCCUGCUGCACAAGUACUAUGUCAAGAACGCCCUGGUUUGCAGUCAUGAUCAUCUGACCUUGUUCCUGACCCUGGUGUCUGGGCUGGAGUUCAUCCGCUUCGACCUGGACCUGGACGCUCCCUACCUGGACCUGGCCCCCUACAUGCCAGACUACUACAAGCCGCAGUACCUGCUGGACUUCGAGGACCGCCUGCCCAGCUCCGUGCACGGCUCCGACAGCCUCUCCCUCAACUCCUUCAACUCGGUCACCUCCACCAACCUGGAGUGGGACGACAGUGCCAUCGCCCCCUCCAGCGAAGAUUAUGAUUUUGGAGAUGUCUUUCCAGCAAUGCAAGCCAUGCCCAGCAGAGACUGGGAAGAUGGAGACCUCACAGACACCCUCAGCUGCCCACGCUCCACCACCUCGGAGGCCAACGGCAGCAAGGGCUGUGCCAGGAGCCCGACGCAGCGCCACAACCCCUUCAACGAGGAGAGGGCUGAGGGCCCCUCCUCCUCUGAGACCACCCCAGUGCACACAGCUGCCCAGGAGAAGGCAGAAGCCACCCCUGAGGGAACAGACCAGUCAGAGAGCUGCACGGAGCUGGAGGUCAUCAGGUUAGCCAAGAAGAAGAAAACAGGCAAGAAGAAGAAGGCGAAGGCAGAGGAGCCUCCGAACACCUCUCUGCCUGCAGCAGCCGAGGGCCCGCAGGCCGGCGGGGACAGGGACGGGGACAGGGACGGGGACAGCGGCGUGAACGGACUGAGCGACAGGGAGGAGGCUCCGGGAGCGCCCGCGGCUGAGCCCGGCCCCGGCGAGCGCUGUGCGCUGGUCCCGCUGGCGCUGCGCAUCCCCGAGCGGCAGGACAGCGCCGUGCAGAGCCCGGGGCCGGCGCUCGGCCAGCUGGGGGCGAGGCUCAGCGGGCAGCUGGAGCCCGGCGGCUGCAGCAUCCCCCCGCAGCCCUUUCGGACCGGCUCGCCAGGGGACACCCCGCACCGACCGUCCUCUGGCGACUUUAGCGAGGGCAUUUCAGCCCCCAUGGACUUCUACCGCUUUACCCUCGAGAGUCCAAACGCUGCUGCACCAGGUGGUGGCCACCAUGACGCUGCAGGGCCUGGCCAACCGCCACAUGUUCCUGGUGGCCCUGAGGCUGCUGAAGAAGCAGCGAGCGGAGAGGGAGAAGCAGGUGGGGCAGUAGAGGAGUCUGGAGGGGCCACUGAUGGACUCCAGGCUGGCCAGGAGGAUGCCACCACCGAGCCCCAGGUUGUCCACCAGCCGAAGAAGGAGCAGCCCAGCCCUUCCCAGAGCAGUGCUGAGGACUCUGGUGUGGAGGAAGGGCAGGGCAGCCCCUCGGAGCUCGCCCAUCCCUCCGAGUUCAGGGUGGAUAACAACCACCUCCUGCUGCUGAUGAUCCAUGUCUUUCGGGAGAACGAGGAGCAGUUGUUCAGGAUGAUCCGAAUGAGCACAGGACACAUGGAAGGGAACCUGCAGCUGAUCUACGUCCUGCUGACCGACUGCUACGUCUACCUGAUCCGCAAAGGGGCCGCGGAGAAGCCCUACAUGGUGGAGGAGGCUGUGUCCUACAACGAGCUGGACUACAUCUCGGUGGGGCUGGAUCAGCAGACAGUGACUCUGGUGUGCACCAACCGGAGGAAGCAGUUCCUGCUCGACACCGCCGACGUGGCCCUCACCGAGUUCUUCCUGGUCUCCUUGAAGUCAGCCAUGAUCAAAGGGUGCCGGGAGCCUCCCUACCCCAGCAUCCUCACCGAUGCCACCAUGGAGAAACUGGCACUGGCAAAGUUUGUGGCCCAGGAGUCCAGGUGUGAGGCCUGCGACGUGGUCGUGCGUUUCUACGGCCUGGUGCACUGGGAGGACCCCAUGGACGAGGCACUGGGACCCCACAGCAGCAGCUACAGCUCCAACGCUGUCACCAAGGAUGGCAUCCUGCACUACAAGGCAGGCACCUCCUACCUGGGCAAGGAGCAGUGGAAGGCCUGCUUCGUGGUGCUCAGCAACGGGAUCCUGUACCAGUACCCGGACCGCACGGACGUCACCCCCCUGCUCUCCAUCAACAUGGGCGGCGAGCAGUGCGGGGGGUGCCGGCGCUCCAACGCCACCGACCGGCCCCACUCCUUCCAGGUGAUCCUGACGGACCGGCCCUCGCUGGAGCUGAGCGCCGACAACGAGGAGGACAUGGCCGACUGGAUGCAGUACUUCUGCCAGGCUGUCUCCAAAGGGGUGAUCCCCCAGGGUGUUGCCCCAACGCCCUGCGUGCCCUGCUGCCUGGUGCUGACGGACCAGAAGGCCUUCACCUGCCACGAGGACUGCCAGACCAGCUUCUUCCGCUCGCUGGGCACGGCGGAGCUCAGCCACCUCACCGCCGUCUGCACGGAGGCUGGCAAGGAGUACUGCAUCCUGGAGUUUGCUCAGGACAGUGAGCAGUUCCUGCCCCCCUGGGUCCUCUACUUUAGUUGCACUACAGAGCUGGAGAGGUUCCUCUCGGCGCUGAACGUCGCCUGGAGGAACAUCUACCAGGUUGACCUCCUGCACAAGGCCAUUCUGGACGCUGCCAUCAAGAAGAAGUGCGAAGAUGCCCAGAGCCUCAUCGACAGCGCCUGGCAGCGCAGCGACAGCCUCUGCCGCGGGCGAGCCGAGCGGGACCCUUGGUGCUGACCCUGCCCGCGGGGCCACUGCUGCAGGCCAGGGCCUCCGUCUGCCCGCGGCACCCCAAGCCCUCCCCAGUGGUCCCCGCCGGGAAGGCGCCUGCAGGCAGGGACCCUGCGCCCUGCCCGGGCCGGGCUGGGGACGUGCAGCAGGGGACGGGGAGCAAGCGGAUGCUCACCGCGCUGGAGGCGAGACUCAGCUCGGCCACUCGCCUUGGACAGGAGCUCCUGGUCCAGCUGCCACGGGGCAAAGCAGUUUGCCUUUCACAGAGUAAAACCCCACUGGUAGUGAGGGGGAGGGUGGGAGCGGGCUGGGGAGGAGCCUCUCCCAUCGCAGCGAGGAGCGGGACUGAGGAGAACAGGGCAGGGGCGCCGGGGGAGAGGAGGUGCCUGCUGUGCAUGUUUGCUCCCUGCUCUUGCCAUCACCGAGGGCGACACCGGCGCUGCCCGGCACCGGGAGAUGCUGUAGGAGCCUCCAGACAUCACAAAACCACUCCCCAGCCCAGCGGUGAGAUCAUUUGAAGCUAAGGAAGAAGGAGCAGGGACAAAAUGUUGGCCUCAGCUCUCCCAGCAGGGUUGUAGGAGAAUUCCUGACGCCGGUUUGAGGUUUGGACGCUGGCCCCACAUGCCGGGGGAGAGGAGAGAGAGGAGACUGAGUCCAGCGUGCUUCAGGUGGCCUAAGGGAUGUGGUCACACAGCUGCCACCAAACACAUCCCCAUCUUCUCAGCUCACUGUGCCCCAGGCCAGCAUGGACCUGUCACCACUUGCCCUCUGCAGCAAGCCCUUGGGGGCACAACCCCAGCUUUUAAAUAAUGAUGGUGAUGAUGAUGAUGAUGAUGAAUCCUCGGGAGCCCUUCUCUCGUAAAAUAGAUUCACAGGGCCCUUUUCUGGGAGGAAAGGAACAUGACUGAAUGUAUCUGUACAGACCCCUGCUGCCUGCCCCUCCCCAAAUAAAUACUCAUUGGUAACUUA